ACCAAACCUUAGAUACAUCAAUUCUAUAAUGAAUUUAAAAAGUAAAAUUUUUCUUAUAUAUAGGACUUAUCAGAUUCAUUUAAUAAUUAAUGUACAUGGUCUAUAAUACAGGUCAAAUACAUUAAUUAUUCAAAGUAUCUAAGAAAUUGAUUUUUGCUUAUAAUUAAGAAUUUUGGUGGAGUAGAUAAUGUAGCCCCCAAAAUAAACCUUUAAAUUUUAUUUUGAUGCCAAACAUACAAACCUCUAUAUAAAGCUCAACUACUCUUCCUUCACAUCUCAAGAAAUUUACAACUCUUUCAUUCUUUCAUAUUUUGUUUUAAGUUUCCAUUCUCUUUCAAAAUUUCUCUUUAGCUACCAAAUCAUAAUUAACAAAGUAACACUUAAGAUGGAAGCAGUAGCAGCAGCCAUAACAAAAAACAACAAUGGUUAUGAUUCAUUUUGUUUGAGUCAUGCUAAUGCUAAUAACAUGAAAGUGAAUGGUGCUGAUCCUUUGAAUUGGGGUGUGGCUGCUGAGGCAAUGAAAGGGAGUCACUUGGAUGAGGUGAAGCGUAUGGUGGAGGAGUACCGGAAACCGGUGGUCCGUCUUGGUGGUGAGACACUGACAAUUUCUCAGGUGGCUGCCAUUGCUGCACAUGAUGGUGCCACAGUGGAGCUGUCGGAAUCUGCUAGAGCCGGCGUUAAGGCGAGCAGUGACUGGGUUAUGGAGAGUAUGAACAAAGGUACUGAUAGUUACGGUGUCACCACAGGGUUCGGCGCUACCUCGCACCGCCGAACCAAACAAGGUGGUGCUUUGCAGAAAGAGCUCAUAAGGUUUUUGAAUGCUGGAAUAUUUGGAAAUGGAACUGAGUCAAACCACAUCCUACCACACACAGCAACACGAGCAGCCAUGUUAGUAAGAAUCAACACACUUCUACAAGGUUAUUCAGGCAUUAGAUUUGAAAUCUUAGAAGCCAUAACCAAGCUCCUUAACAACAAUAUUACUCCAUGUUUACCACUUCGCGGUACAAUCACAGCUUCGGGAGAUUUAGUGCCUCUUUCUUACAUUGCUGGUUUACUAACUGGUAGACCAAAUUCAAAAGCUCAUGGGCCCUCUGGAGAAAUACUUAAUGCUAAAGAAGCUUUUCAAUUGGCUGGAAUCAAUGCUGAUUUCUUUGAGUUACAACCGAAAGAAGGUCUUGCACUUGUUAAUGGAACUGCUGUUGGUUCUGGUUUAGCUUCUAUUGUUCUGUUUGAGGCUAACAUAUUGGCGGUGUUGUCUGAAGUUCUAUCUGCAAUUUUCGCUGAAGUUAUGCAAGGGAAGCCUGAAUUUACCGAUCAUUUGACACAUAAGUUGAAGCACCACCCUGGUCAAAUUGAGGCUGCUGCUAUUAUGGAACACAUUUUGGAUGGAAGUGCUUAUGUUAAGGCAGCAAAAAAGUUGCAUGAGAUUGAUCCUUUACAGAAACCAAAACAAGAUAGAUAUGCACUUAGAACUUCACCACAAUGGCUUGGUCCUCUAAUUGAAGUGAUUAGAUUCUCUACCAAGUCAAUUGAGAGAGAGAUCAACUCUGUCAAUGACAACCCUUUGAUUGAUGUUUCAAGAAACAAGGCUUUGCAUGGCGGGAAUUUUCAAGGAACACCUAUCGGAGUAUCCAUGGAUAAUACACGUUUGGCUCUUGCAUCAAUUGGGAAACUUUUGUUUGCUCAAUUCUCCGAGCUUGUAAAUGAUUUUUACAACAACGGAUUGCCUUCAAAUCUCUCCGCCAGUAGAAAUCCGAGCUUGGAUUACGGGUUCAAGGGAUCCGAAAUUGCCAUGGCUUCCUAUUGUUCUGAGUUACAAUAUCUUGCAAAUCCAGUUACAACUCAUGUCCAAAGUGCCGAGCAACACAACCAAGAUGUGAACUCUUUAGGUUUAAUUUCUUCUCGAAAAACAAAAGAAGCCAUUGAGAUCCUUCAACUCAUGUCUUCCACAUUCUUGAUUGCACUUUGCCAAGCAAUUGAUUUAAGACAUUUGGAGGAGAACUUGAAAAACUCAGUCAAGAAUACCGUAAGCCAAGUGGCCAAAAAGACCUUAACUGUAGGUGUCAAUGGAGAACUUCAUCCUUCAAGAUUCUGUGAAAAAGACUUGUUGAAAGUGGUUGAUAGGGAGCAUGUGUUUUCCUAUAUUGACGAUCCUUGUAGUGCGACAUACCCCUUGUCGCAAAAACUCAGGCAAGUGCUAGUAGAACAUGCUUUAGUCAAUGGAGAAAGUGAGAAGAAUUCGAACACAUCAAUCUUCCAAAAGAUUGCAACUUUUGAGGAAGAGUUGAAGACCCUCUUGCCAAAAGAGGUUGAAAGUGCAAGGACUGCAUAUGAGAGUGGAAACUCAACAAUUGCAAACAAGAUUAAUGGAUGCAGAUCUUAUCCACUUUACAAGUUUGUGAGAGAGGAGUUGGGAACUUCUUUGCUAACUGGAGAAAGAGUCAUUUCACCAGGUGAGGAGUGUGACAAGCUAUUCACAGCUAUGUGUCAAGGGAAAAUCAUUGAUCCUCUUCUUGAAUGUUUGGGAGAGUGGAAUGGUUCUCCUCUUCCAAUUUGUUAACUUUAUUAGUUAAUUUUAAAAAUGUUUUAUUUGUAUCUAUGCAAGUGUAGCAAUAAUCAUUUGAUUUUUCAUGUCUUUUGACAAAAUUAAUACAUGAAAAAUAAGCUUCAUUUCAA